GUGUCACUGACGAAAUAUACAUACAGUAUUGCUUCACUGAAACGUCUUCUUCCCUUUUGCCUUUUCAGUGCAUAGGGUUUUAGCAUUUUGAGCUAUCAUUCUCUCUCGCUCACUGCGUGUUUUUUAGUGUGUGUAGUGUGUGUCCUUUUUCUUUUCUUUCUUGAAUUAUUGAAUUUUUAUUAUCAAAAUGACUAAAUUCCGAAAGCUUAAUCGACCAACUGGUCAUCGAAUGUCCAUGCUCAGAACCAUGGUGUCCCAAUUGGUAAAGCAUGAGCGUAUUGAAACCACUGUCGCAAAGGCUAAGGAAGUUCGGAGGCUUGCUGACAACAUGGUGCAGCUCGGAAAAGAGGGUACCCUUUGUGCUGCAAGGCGUGCUGCUGCCUUUGUUCGGGGAGACGAUGUUAUUCACAAACUUUUUACGGAAUUGGCUUACCGAUACAAGGAGAGAGCUGGUGGGUACACUAGAGUGCUUCGUACUCGAAUCAGAGUUGGUGAUGCCGCUCCAAUGGCGUACAUUGAGUUUGUAGACAGAGAAAAUGAACUUAGGCAGGCAAAACCUCCAACUCCCCAACCACCACAGAGGGCACCAUUGGAUCCCUGGACUAAAUCACGACUCAGCAGGCAAUUUGCUCCUCCUAAAGAAGACAAAAGCUCAGAGUCCGACAGUUGAGAUAUAUGUGCAUGAACAUUAGCAUGAAGUUUAUUUUGGCCUUUUGGUCUGAAUUUCAAGAUAAUCCCCCUCUUCAACCACAAGUUUUGAUAGCUAGGCAAAUGCUUGGAGCUUUACUUCAAGCAUAAUGUAUUCAUGUGCUACUAGAAUCUUUCGCAACUGAUGUGCUGUCAACUUCAAAGAACAGUUUUCUGCACCAAUGUAAAAAUUGUGCAUCAACCAUGAUUUUGGGAGGAAAGCAAGACUGCAAGAGCUGCCCUUUUGGCAAUAUCUACUUCAAUUACGAAUAUUUGAUAGCUUGAUCUUUGAUACAGUUGAUGCAACUGAGGAUUUUUUUUCUUCUUGUGGAUAAAAAUAUCAUGCGAGUUGGGAAUGUUAUUGUUAGAUAGUCCCAAGCUUGAGCCUAGAGUUCCCAGUUCUGGGAAUCAGGAUAAUUUUUUUUGCGGAUUGCAAGGAAUAUUAAGGAUCGAUACACACUUGUUCUUCAUGUAUUUUAAGUAAAAUGGUCUUUUUCAUCAUCACAA